GUCGCACGGACGACGAGGAUUACGGACGUGGAACGCACGACAGGAAGACAGACACGGCAAGACAGCAGCCGCGAUUGAAGUUUUCGAGUGACGAUUCAAUAUUCAGUCAGAAGAGCCGGCUCAAACAAACCCGACCACCCGGUAUUUUGGAAUUUUGACCCCAGCGUAACCCUGCAAGGAGAGGACGACACCCCACACACCGGCGACUUGUGAACCCCGCGCUUGAUUGUAUUGCGAGCUUACCCGUUAUUUGCGUAUCUCUCCUGUGUUGUGAAGGCGGUUGGUUAUAUAGCCGGGUUUGGAGAGACUUUUGCUUUCUGCUUUCGCGUGUCAUUCCGACUUUUGACUUUGACUUCGACCACACACGAUAAACCACCAAGGACAGAACAAGAAGGAUUGAAGAUAUGGCACAGAACCUCAGCAUCCCCUCAAUCUUCAAUGUGAAGGACAAGAUCGUCCUCGUCACGGGCGGCGGCUCUGGUAUCGGCAAGAUGAUGGCCACCGGGUUCGCGCAGAAUGGCGCCAAGGUGUACAUUGCCGCUCGAAAGGAGAAGCAGUUGCAGGAGGCCGUAAACGAGAUCAACGCCCUCAACCCUACCCACCGCGCACAAUACAUCGUCGCCAACAUCGGCUCCAAAGCCGGCUGCAACGCGCUCAUCGAAAAGUUCAAGUCGCUCGAGUCUAAACUCCAUGUGUUGGUCAAUAACAGCGGUAUCACCUGGGGCGGCCCCUUUGAAGACUUCCCGGAGGAGAAGGGAUGGGAUAAUGUGUUUGCUGUUAAUGUGAAGAGUAUCUUUUAUAUGACCGCCGGCCUCGCCCCCCUCCUCAAGAAGGACGCGACCAACCAAGACCCCGGCCGCGUGAUCAACAUCUCCUCCACCGCCUCCGUCGAGCCCGCCGCUGAAGGCGCCUUGUCCGCUGACGGCAACGGAACGUGGAGCUACCAACCCUCCAAGGCCGCCGUCAACCACCUAACAUCCACAUUGGCUGUCAAGUUGAUUGGUGAUAACAUCACUGUCAACGCCAUCUGCCCCGGUCUCUUCCCAUCCAAGAUGACAGCCUACGGUCUCCGCACGGCAGGAGACGAGGCGUUCCUCGCGGGUCAGCCUACAGGACGGUAUGGCCAGCCCUCGGAUAUUGCUGGUCUUGCGAUUUUCUUGUCGAGUCCUGCCUCGGCGCAUAUUACUGGCGCGCAUAUUUUGCUUGAUGGAGGUUCGAGGUUUAGGGCGCAUGCUAUUGCGCCUGCUACUAAGCUUUAG